AAUGGAGGCACAGUAUCUCAAGAUUGCUUAACUUCCAUUUCAGGCCAACCCCCUCCCCACCCCCUCCCCGGGGAAAUUUUAGUUGAAAAAAAACAAAAAAAACAAAGCUAAACAUUUCUUUGCUUAUUCCAAGCUUAUUGACUGAUUUAUCAACUGUCAAAUAUGCUCUUAAUCUGCACAUCCCAUGUGAUAUUUUUCAAAUAGUUUUACAUUCAAAGCUUUAAGCUUUUAUCAAACCAAGGGUCCCAGACUCUCAAAUAUUUUGGCAGUCCCAUUGUGAUUUGGAGCCAGCUACCGAGAUAAACUAUACUUAAUUUUUUUUUUUGGAAGUUUUUGAUGUUGGGUUUUGAGGCAAAUUGGUUAUAGUGGACUAGGACAGUUUAAACAGUGUUGAGAUCUGGAGAAAAUAUGGAGGCUCCAAAGGGGUUUUUGGCUACUUUAUGGAACUUUAUAUGCUUUCUACCUUACUUCUUUGGCUUGCUACUGUUAGGCACAAUUAAAGGAAUCGUUUUCUGCCCACUGAUAUGUCUUAUUAUUACAAUCGGAAACUCAUCCAUCAUAUUAGGGCUUUUGCCAUUUCAUGGUUACUGGACCUGUUAUAGCAUUGUGAGAACUAAACUAUUAGGACCAUUUCUGAAGGUCUUUAUUUGCGUAUUCCUACCGGUUGUCUUGAUAUUAUGGGUCGUCGUUGGCAUUGUUGGAAGUAGCAUAGGGGGUUUAUUGUACGGCUUUCUUUCACCGAUAUUUGCUACUUUUGAUGCUGUAGGAAAAGGAAAGACCAAUGUGUUUGUCCAUUGUUUUUAUGAUGGCACACUGAGCUCUAUCAGUGGCAGCUUCACUGUAGUCAGGGAUUUCUAUGAUGUUUGUUUCCAUUCCUAUGUCUCGUUAAUGGAAGACCUGCGACAGAAAGGGCCUCCAAAUGGAAAAUACUACGAGAUUAGAUUUCUUUAUCUUCCACCAGCGCUUAUAACUGCAGUGCUUGGUUUCAUAGUAGAUUUUCCUGUGAUUUCGCUCAUUGCCCUAUGUAAAAGUCCUUACAUGCUCUUUAAGGGGUGGCAUCGAUUAUUUCAUGACCUUAUAGGUCGAGAAGGCCCUUUCUUGGAGACUAUAUGCGUACCAUUUGCAGGCCUUGCUAUCUUACUUUGGCCACUGGCUACGGUCGGGGCAGUGUUGGGAUCCAUGGUCUCCAGCAUCUUCCUCGGUGCCUACGCAGGGGUGAUUGUUUAUCAGGAAUCCUCAUUUUGGUUCGGAAUUUGUUACAUUAUUGCUUCGUUGUCCAUAUACGACGAAUACAGCAAUGAUGUCCUUGACAUGCCUGAAGGAUCUUGCUUUGCCAGGCCUAAGUAUCGCCAAAACCUAAAGGAGCCCAUCUCUAAUGCAGGCUCAUUAUCGGAAUCUGACUCCUUGAAACCUCAUCCUCCUGCUCGUAUGGAUUCACUUACGAAUACAAGGAUUGAUUUGAAGCCACUCGAGCUACUUGAGGGCUUAUUUAAGGAGUGCCGGCGCCAUGGGGAAAAAAUGGUUUCUGAAAGGCUGAUAACCUCAAAAGACAUUGAAGAGGCCAAGUUGACCAAAGGAAGUAGAGUGAUCGGGAUAGGCUUGCCAGCUUAUUGCCUUCUUCAAACACUAUUGCGCUCUGUGAACAGCAAUAGAUCUGGCAUAUUAUUGAGUGACAAUACUGAAAUAACGGCUACAAACAGACCGAAAGACACCUUCUUCGAUUGGUUUCUUAACCCCUUUUUGAUACUAAAGGAGCAAAUAAAAUCUGAGAAUCUCUCCGAGGAAGAAGAGGAUUACUUAGGCAAAUUAGUUUUGCUCUGUGGUGAUCCAGCACGGUUGAAAAUUUCAAAGAUCGGAUCUCCUCCCGAAUCUGACCGUAAACAAGCUGAGCUUGAUGCAAUAGCCCGAAGGUUACAAGGGAUUACAAAAUCAGUGUCAAGGUAUCCAACAUUCCGGCGGCAUUUCGAGAAUCUUGUCAACAUACUAUCGGAGGAUCUGGCAAAAAAGAGUAACGGGGGAACUCAAGCAAUUCGGAGAUCAAAGAGUGCCCUUGCCAUGAUAUUUAGCAAUAAAUCAUUCGAUAGGAAUACAAGCAACAUGUCUGAUCAAGAAUUACAAUCUACUAUUGCAAGGGAUAUAGAAAUUGCAUGAUGUAGGAUCGGUGUCAACAUUUGCCCCACAUAUCAUUUUUGGAUUUUAAUUUUAGCCUUCUCUGGUUUCCCUUCCUUAAUACUCCACGAACUGGCACAAUUAAACAUGCUUAAUAGAUUUGCAGUUUUUGUUAUAACAUGAAAUUAUGAUAUGUACAUGGUAUGUUUAAUAAAAAUGAAAAUAGUGAAACAAUAA